CCGUCACCAUGGCCUGCGAGAGCUAAAGAGAGAAGAGACGAUGAGCAUUGGGGCAAAGAGGCAGAAGGGAGAGAUGUAGAGGGAGGUGGUGAGACAAAUUUGUGGCCGACGGCCGAUAAGAAAUACGGUCAUCUCUUAUCUCUCGUCGACUGCUUCGGACCACCACCACACAACGCUGUAGCAAAGAGAUGCGCUCACCAUUCUCCUCCACCAGCGUAUCCGCGAGCGACUCGGUCUCCGCAGCCUCUCUACUCCUUCGUGAAUUCCCCGUCGGCGAACCUUGUGCCCGGGAAUGCGACGCGAAAGCAAGGGAUAUUCCGGAGCGCCGCGGGGGUCUCGUAGAGCUGGAGUCACGGCCAUUCAUAGCGGGGAGCAGGAUGGUGGAGAGUGUCGCAAUAUGAAAGUCCACGAUUCCGGCUCUUCGUGAGGCGCCGUACGAUGUCGCACUUGAAUGCAAAUCCUCCUGCUCGUCCGUCCUUUCUUUUGCUCGCUUGCGGCAAUCAUCCUCGAGGCUUUAGGCGCACGGUUCGGAUCCCGCCUCAAUCAUAUCUCCUGACGCUGCCGUCGCAUCAACGACCGACCUUUGUCUGUGAGAUGAAAUAGAGAGGACUCCCACAUGCUCCGUUCACACCCUCCCCCAAGUCUCGUCUAAAAAUCCCAGUCUUACAUGUGUUGCAUGUUUGAACGUGCGUUACUUCUACCCACGAAAGACUGUUGCAUCUGCCUUCCCAUCCUUUGCACGAUGUCUAUAAGAGCGACGCGGGGGGCUACGUGAAACAAGCUGAACCCGAACCUUCUCCAAAGCCAAGUCCCAGAUGAUCUCUUUCAACGCAAUCUACCUCGCUAGUUUCGUCGUUCUUGCAUCUGCGCAGAACAUAUUACUCACGAAUGACGACGGUGUGGCACAAGAAGAGUGGAUGAUUCCGCAGAUGCUGAUGAGAAGU